AGAAAUACCCCACGUUUGAGUCACUGAGUGUGUGUGAGAGAUCGAAGCAAGCAAACUUGCCACUGAGAAAUCCAAAGCAUGGUUCUGUUCUCUUUCAACCUCUAAAUUUGAACUAUUGCAAAUUUUAAAUUCAUUGUUUUUUUCAGCUCAAUUAUUUUUCCUUCCUAGUUGGGGAGUGCUGUUUGUUUUGUUGAUUUUUUGUAUGUAAACUGCAUUUUUCUUUUUGAGUUUGGGAUGGGUGUGCAGGAAGUUGUUUGUAGAUUUGGGGGCAAGGCCAGUAUUGGUAUGGGUGUGGAAAGCGUGCCAGAGAAAACUUUAGAUGAUAUGAGUGAAAAGAAAGACUUGAAAUCUGAGGGAGGAAAAGUGUUGGAGAGUAAUGGAGUCAAAGGGUUGAAGGAGGACGGCAUAAAAGAAAUGGAAGUUGAUAAGAAAGAUGAAGUAGAAGAGGAUAAGAAAGUUGAUGAUGGUGAAGUAGUAAAUGACUUUAAGAAAGUUGGUUGUGUGGAAGAAUUAGAAGAUGAUAAGAAAGUUGAUCAUGUGGAAGAAAUACAAAAGGAUAAAGAAGAUAAUGGUGUGAAAGAAAUAGAAGAAGAUAAGAAAGAUGAUGGUGUGAAGGAGAUAGAGGAAGAUAAGAAAGAUGAUGGUGCGAAAAAAAUAGAAGAAGAUAAGAAAGAUGACGGUGUGAAAGAAAUAGAAGAUAAGAAAGAUGAGGGUGUGAAAGAAAUAGAAGAAGAUAAGAAAGAUGAUGGUGUGAAAGAAAUAGAAGAAAAUAAGAAAGAUGAUUCUGUGAAUGAGACAGGAGAAAAUAAGAAGGAUGGUGAUGGGUUAAAAUACGACAAAUUGGAUGAAGAAACUGAAGUUAAACAAACUGUGGAUGAUAAAGAAAAAAAGGAAGAUGCUGAAGCUGAGGAACCAGAAUUAGAUGCAAAAGAAGAUGAGAGCAUCCCUAUAGAUAAAGGUGAGAGCAGUGAAAAGGAGAAGAUUCUAGUAGAGGAUGAUGGGUUUGAGAUUGAAGAUAAGUUAAAAGAAGAAGAUAAGGUGGAAGAUAUUAAGGUUGAGAAAGGUUUGAAAAAGCGAGGAAGAGGAAAGAUCAAUGGGGAGAAGGUGAAAAAGAAAAGAAAAGAACUGAAGGAGACAGAGCCCAGGACUCCUGCUAUCAAUCGCCCUGUGCGGGAAAGGAAAACAGUUGAGAGGUUGGUAACAUCCAUUGAGAAGGAUGCCUCCAAAGAAUUCCACAUUGAAAAGGGUCGUGGUACACCUUUGAAAGAUAUACCCAAUGUGGCCUUUAAAUUCUCUAGAAGGAAGAUUGAUGAUACUAUCAAAAUGCUCCAUAACAUCCUCUUUGGUAGGAGAGGGAAGGCGGUUCAAAUGAAGAGCAAUAUAUUAAGGUUUUCUGGUUUUGUGUGGAAUGAAAAUGAGGAAAAACAAAUGAUUAAAGUAAAAGAAAAGUUUGAAAAGUGUAACAAGGAGAGGUUGCUGGAAUUCUGUGAUGUGCUGGACAUACCACUUGCAAAGGCAACAACAAGGAAGGAAGAUAUUAUUGCAAAGCUAAUAGACUUUUUGGUUACCCCUCAAGUCACAACAAAUGUGCUUCUUGCAGAAAAGGAGAAGUCAACCAAGGGAAGAAAGCGCAAGCGCACAACUAGACAAGGUUCAUCAAGAUCUGGAACAACAUCAAGACGUUCUGCUAAGAUUCAGAAGAAAAAUAAAGAUUCUUCAGUAGCUGAUGAAGUAAAGAGUACAACUGACACAGAAGAUGAGUCGGAGGAUGAAGAGAAAGAUGAAGAAAAUGAGGAGGAAAAUGAAAAUGGUGUUCCUGACAAAUCUGAGGAUGAAAUGCCAGAGCAAUCUGAAAGUGAGGAUAAAAGUGAUUCUGAUAAUGAAUCUGAAGAUGCAAAGAAACCAAGAAAAACUAAUAAAACAUCAUCCACAAAGAAACAAUCUGCUGCAAAAGGUAAAAGAAAGAAAAAUACAGUUGAAACAAAAUCUCGCUCAGCACCAAAGAGAAUUUCUAAGAAAACACACUCAGAGUCUGAUGAUGAUACUGAGGAAAGUCCAAAGGUCUCUUCAAGGAAGAAGCAAAAUGAGAAACGAGGAAAGCAGAAGACCUUGACCAUGACUAAGUCAUCUUCCUCCAAAGAGAAAACUGAAAAGGUUACUAAAGGAAAACGCAAUAACAAAAAGUCAACUCCGAGUGAUGAUCAGUUACGUGAUGCAACAUGUGAAAUUCUCAAAGAAGUUGACUUCAAUACGGCUACAUUUACUGACAUUCUGAAGAAACUUGCCAAGCAAUUUGAUGUGGAUCUCACCCCAAGAAAGGCAUCUAUAAAGAUCAUUAUUCAGGAAGAGCUGACAAAACUAGCUGAUGCAGCAGAUGAUGAUGAUGAAGAGGAUGCUGAGACUCAAUCAACCGGCCAAGACGUAGAAGCCUCUGAGGAUUAGAUAUGACUGCUUGGUGAUAGGUUUAACAAUGUAUACUUUGACCCCUGUUGUACAUUAUUUGUACACUUUGUGGAAUAUAAGUGGUUGUAACUUAUUCUUAGCAUCCGUCCAAUCUAUGAGACAACGAAACAGUAUUUGCAAAAUUUAGUGCAGGGCCUGAAGGCUUUUUGUAGCUGCCAGUUUGCAGUUUUUUAAGUAGACAUGAACACAUUUUGUGGGGUUUUACUGUCCAUGAAUAUAGCUCAGAAAUACAAUUUGCCAGUUUAAU